AUGGCGGCUUCCGACACGUGCAGACCUGCGGGCUUUAUCCAUCAUCUCCUUGCAGAGAGUGGAAACCUGUGUUUCACUCGUGCAUCUCCUCUCUGGGCCACAACGUACAAGUGCCACACAUGCUUUGUGGUCCAAGAACGGCACCGGAACGUAUUGCAGUAUAAAGAGAGUGCGUAUUGCGGAGUGCUGAGCAGCCUGGAUGAGGUGUGUGGUGAGAUUGCAGGUGACGCCGAGCUUCACACGCUGUUCCGUCGCAGUGGCACUGGCAUGAUGGCCAGCACCCCGGUGGAGUGUCCGUUCCAUGGCCCAUUCACCUUCUCGUACGAUCGGGGCGGUGGUGUGUGCGAGGACCCCGUGUCCCGCGUGGAUGCCUGCACCAAGUCCAGUCGACUCUUGUUCCGGUUCCAGGCGUGUCACAGUGUCCGGUCCGAGAGUUCGGAGGAAGAGCUCGAGUGCCUGGCCACGUGGAAGGAUGGCUCCAAGACGUACUUGGUGGGUCGGAUGCAGCAAUCGUCGUCGUCGUCGUCCAUAGCAGCAGCAGCAGCAGACAAGGAUGCCUUCCGCUGCUUCCUCUUUGACCGGGACAAGGCGGGUCAUGUGGUGCAUCUGGCCCAGUCUGGGGACGCGUCGUGUUCCGGUGUGCUCUCAGCCACAGACGGGGCCCGCACGCUCAAGCUCACCAAAUUGAGUCAGAAUCGGAUGAGGAACUGCUCAUUCCCCCACUGGUUCACGUCAUCUAGGAAUAAUGGCAUUGGCAACAAGUGGCACACGCUGGACGGUGGGACAACAUUCCGGACUGAUGGGUUCGGCAACACGCUGCACAUCAGUGGCAAUGAAUGGGACAUUGGUGACUCAGUCAUGUCAGUCUCUUCGUCUUCAUCAUCUUCCUCCUCCUCCUCAAUUUGGCUCCACCAACAACAGGAAUCCCGGUCGCUUGACACAGCAGACAGGAAGGUCACGUGUGUUGAGCGGAAGGAGUCGGACACCAAGGACCAGGACGAGCAUGAAGUCCUUAUUCUGGCCUAUGCUGUGCGAGGAUGUGCUGGAGUGUAUUUGUGCAUGCGGUUUCACUUGCGGGACAAGCAUGUGGUGGAAAUUGAGACUGGCCAGCCUGCCAAGAGCCCCGACUUUGCAUGUGGUGACUAUUUCUUUGUGUCAUCGCGGCGGAAAACGACGACACUUGUGGCAAUGUCGCCAAAGGAGAUGGCAUGUCCCAUGGUUGGCAGGUUUGCAGUGUUGCCGCCACUGACAACCAGGGAGGAAUCUGCAGGAGGGAGUCAAGACCAUCACCCACAUCACUACUCUGACCAACAGGAUGGACUACUGCACCAACAGGCCCCCGUGGGCAAGGCAAUAAGGCGGCGGCGGAGGAGGAGAAAAAGAAGCAGGAGGCGACGAAGGCACAACGGAGAUGCGAUCUCUGCCGCUGGAGCAGCUGAAAGCCUUCUUACCUUCUGUCCUGCCUCAAUGGCUUCUGCUGGUGGAAGCAGCAGGGCCACCACAAGCAAUGCUGCCAUCAGUCAUGUUGGUGGUGGUGGUGGUGGUGGUGGUGGUGGUGCGAGGCCUAGACACCACGGGAUUGAUGCAGACCAUUUUCUCCAUCACAACAAUGGCGAAGAAGACCAUAGGGAUAACCAACAGGAGUACCUAGGAUCCAAAAUGGAUGAGAUGCUCCCAAGAUUCUCAUCAUUGCACGUUGGCUGCAGGGACAAUCGGCGUCUAGAACUGACGGCUGCUUGUCAAAAUGCCCCUGAUGUGAUAACAGAAUAUCGGUGUCACGGGAGCUGGGAAGACAACGGCACGCAGUUCCUUAUUGUUUCCCCAGUGUCCAGUAGCAGGGACAUGGUUUACUUGUGUCUUGCGUCACGGGCAAUCACCACCCAGGCAAUGCCAUCUGGGACGUAUGGUCCAACCACAGCUGCCAGCUGGGUAGCAAACGGCUACACAGGUAUUGCUGCGAAUGGAAUGAGCAGUAGUGGCGCAUUCGGCUCCGGUGGCAUCACACUAGUCUCCUACCAGACAAUGUCAUGCGAACCGCCAGCCAUUACGGGCAUCCAGUCCAUCUCAUUCAACGUCACUCUUAUGGGGCAAUGCGCUCAACCUUUGUCAAGUGCGACGAGCAUCAACAAGAGUCCAGGCAGCCGUGGAUCCUCGCAUCAUUGGCUGUCAUCAAUGAUGGUCAUAUUCGGCAUCAUGUUCUUGUCCUGAAACUGGUUCAGCUUGUACCGGUUCUUGUCACUUUGUGAUUGGCCAGUCAACGUGCUGUUUUAUUUAUUUUUUUAUUUCGGCAUUGAUUCCCUUUUUUUUUUUUUACUUUGCUCUGAAGUCUGUGAUGAGAAAAAAGGAGAAAGAAUAUGAUGAUGAUUUCCAAGCAAAGAAGAUGCGUUGAUCGUGUGAGUUUCACAAGAUGGACGGGGUGAUUGAUUGGGAAGGAGUGAUGCAGCAUGCUCCACCAAAAAGCACCGCAACCUGGUCCUUAAUGUGAAAGGAAACAUGUUGGACGCAUGCGCGCCUGUGAUACUGAUUUUGCAAUACCACGUCGUUUGAAGCCCGGUCUGAGUGAAACAUUUUUGAAACGAGAAGGAGAGAGAGAGAGAGAGAGGCGAUCCAGCCGCUGAAUCGCAGCUUUUUUAUUUUAGGAUUUUUCAUGGGCAAUGUGAACGGCUUUUCCUCUCUUUAUGCCUUGAUGUCGCCAGAUGCAGAUGAUCUUGGAUUGAAAGGUUAUAGGGAUGUGAGGAACAGAGACGUAUAAUAAGAAUAGGAUGAGGCAGUUCUGUGGAAUUUCCCCUGUAGUGUUUCACGCGCAUGAUGUUUCCCUGCUAUAAUGACUGCAUGUUUAAGCAAAUUACUUGAGAGGUGUGCGAGUACAAUAUAGGUGUACAUACGUUUUGACGCUAGGAUACCCCAAAGAAGUGUUGAAUGUUGAGUUCUUUGCAUCCUUCUCCAUUAUUUCGUGAGUUCGUGUUGAGAUCGGCGUUGGCUUCCGGACCGAGGAUUUGCUUUAUAUUUUGUGUUGCGUACGUGUGACUUUGGGACAAAGAGGAAGAUAAGUUGUUGCGAUUCAAGAUGAUA